AUGAAGGAAAGGUACACUUUAGAAGAGACCGAGAGACUCAAGGACUUACAUCUAAAGCAUGGUAAUGACUGGGCAGCAAUUGGAACAGCAUUGGGACGAAGUGCUUCAUCUGUGAAAGAUAGAUGUAGACUGGUUUUGAAAGAAAGCAAUCAUUCAGGUAAAUGGUCACCAGAAGAGGAGCAUCGAUUGGCUGAUUCUGUACAUAGUCUUAGUCGUACCGUUGAAGGUGAAAGCGUAACUUCAGGCAUAUCAUGGGCUGCUGUGGCUGAGAGAGUUGGUACCCGCUCAGAAAAACAGUGUCGAUCUAAAUGGUUAAAUUAUCUGAAUUGGAAACAGAUUGGUGGUACAGAUUGGGUUAAAGAAGAUGACUUGAAUCUGAUUAAUAGAAUUGAAGAAAUGGGAGUUGAAAAUGAUAAUGAUAUUCUGUGGAAUGAUCUCUGUAGUGGAUGGUCAAGUGUUCGAUCACCACAGUGGUUAAGAAGUAAAUGGUGGGCAUUAAAACGACAUGUUCCAAAUCAUGCAACUAUGAAUUUGCCAGCUAUCAUUGAACGCCUUAAAACUCAUCCGGGACCAUUAAGUAAGCCAAAGCCGGAGCGUCCAAGUACUACAUCUACUCGUCUACGAGUAGCUCGGUUAGACCAAACAUACAGUGCCUUGAAAUCACCACAGAUAGUACAUGUGCCAAUUCCAAUACCACAAACAGGAACUUCUGCAACUAUUACUACCACUACUGUAGCUCCUACUGACUCUGAAGAUGAGAACAGUAGUUCAGGACAUCAAUACAAUUCCUAUGAAGUCAUGCAGUCUACAAUGACAUUAGCACCUGGUACAUUUCUCAUACAUAAUCCACAUCAUGCUGUGGCGUUAUCAGGAUCACCAACCUCAUCUGAUCAAAUAAUUGUACAUACUGUACCAGUGUCUGAUGCCUUGCAUAGUAAUGAGAAUGUAACUGUACAGAUGAAUCCUCAAAACAAUGCACAGAUUAUUAUAACAUCUACACAUCCUGACUGUGUGUCAUCUUUAGGUAAUGCUGAUAUGACCGCUGCCAUUAGUCAGUCUGAUGAUCUACAACAUGUAUCACAGUCUGAUGAAGACUUGCCAUCACAGAUCACACAGUCAGAUUUAGCAACUCAACAACAUAUGCAUAGUCAAGAUCAGCUGAUGACUCAAGAUGGUACUCUUAUUGAACAAGAUAUAAGUGGAUCUGAUAUGACAUCUGAAGUGAGUCAGUCAGAGCCAACAUUGGUUAUUGUCAGUGCAUCGUCCAUUACUGGAACCACCAGAGCUGAGUAUGUACAGUCAACAUCAUCCAUUGUAGAUUCACAUCUAACAUCCUCUGCUGUCUUUACACUAACAGGUCCAAUUUUACAGAGUCACUGUGACGGAGGUGAUGACAUGAUUGGUUCUUCAUCUGAUAUUGAAACUGACAAAUUGAAUAAGUUAGAUUGUUGUGAUUCUCAAGAUACAGAUUUAAUUAAACAUGACUCAUGUGGUGUUUGAAGUUUUACUACUAGUGUAUGAUAAAUUUUAUGCGGAUAAAUUCACCAUUCAUGAAUGUUAACUUAAUGUUUGGAUCAAUAAUGGCAACCAUAUUGGAUUAAUAAUGGUAACCAAGUUGGAUAUGUGGCAGUCAUCUUUAAUUAAUAAUACCGUGGUAGCACCAAUGUUUGAUAAAUGGAUAAAUCUCGGUUUUAUAAUGACAAUAUUUGUCAAUCUUCAACAACAUUUAUUUAUUUUUGACAAAAGUUGUUGAAAGUCUGCACAACUUUGAAAUAUACAUUACAUUAUUUAUUAUUAACUUAAAGUGAUUUAAAAGAUAAUAGAAAGAAGAUUUCUAAUUCUGGUUUCAACUGUUUUGGCAUUACCUUUCUGUAAUUUAAAGUUUUGGUCACCAGCACCAGUGUUUUAUAGGCUAUUUUAAAUAGUUAUUCGCAUAAAACAUUAUGAUGCAUAUCUAUGCUAUUUAAGGUACCUCAAGUAUUCGUUUUUGUAACAUGCACACACAUAUUUUCAAUUAACUGGAGUCUGGCAUGACACCACUCCACCACUCCACCACUCCAUCAACCCCGCUCUCUAGACUAAUUACUUGAAAUUAUCUCUAGACACCUACAUGUAUGUAAACUUAAAUCAAACAUCUUCAGUAUCUACUGGUUUUUCUGUACAUACAAGAAUAUAUUGGUUGUCAUUGGAG